AAAAACGAUUGGCUAAAGGCUGCCCUCUACUUUUUAACUGUGGAUGCUCGGUCUUCAAUCUGCUCUCACCCCGUCAGCGGAAGAAUACCACUCCCAGCUUGGUCGGGUCUACCACGCCGUCCUUCCCGGCGAGCUAGUCUCUCGAUGAUUAACUCGUUAUUACAAAAUCCCUUCGAAUCCCUAAUUCACUAGCCUUUUAUUGCGUAAUCUCCCCUCUCUCUUUCGGCUUUCGAUCCAUGGGAUCUCAGGAGGAAGAUCAGCGAUCGCUCUUGGAAGACGGCCUCCUAUCGGAAGAGAAUCGAAAUAACGGACCGUACACAGGAGAUGGAUCAGUUGACAUACAUGGACAUCCUGUAGUGAAGAAUGGCACAGGCAAUUGGAGAGCGUGCCCUUUCAUCUUAGGGACUGAAUGUUGUGAACGUUUGGCCUACUACGGAAUAGCAACCAAUCUUGUCACUUACCUCACCGGAAAACUACAUGAAGGAAAUGUCUCUGCUGCAAGAAAUGUCACCACUUGGCAAGGAACUUGCUACAUCACCCCCUUGAUUGGAGCAAUAUUGGCAGAUGCAUACUGGGGAAGGUACUGGACUAUAGCAGUCUUCUCAACAAUAUACUUUAUUGGAAUGGGUACAUUGACUCUUUCGGCAUCGGUUCCUGGCUUUAGGCCUUCAUCCUGUGUGAAAUCUGUUUGCCCAGAAGCAAAUCCAGCUCAAUAUGCUAUUUUCUUUCUUGGUCUUUAUCUGAUUGCAUUAGGGACUGGAGGAAUCAAACCUUGUGUCUCUUCCUUUGGUGCUGAUCAAUUUGAUGACACCGAUUCAGCAGAGAGAGUGAAGAAAGGGUCCUUCUUUAAUUGGUUUUAUUUCUCUGUGAAUAUUGGUGCUCUCAUAUCCAGCAGUUUUCUUGUGUGGGUGCAAGACAACUAUGGGUGGGGUUUGGGCUUUGGUAUUCCUACAUUGUUCAUGGCCCUAGCCAUUAUAAGUUUUUUCUCAGGCACCACACUCUAUAGAUUUCAAAAACCAGGGGGAAGCCCUAUUACAAGAGUGUGCCAGGUGGCUGUAGCUUCUCUUCGUAAAUGGAAGUUAGAUGUCCCUUAUGAUAGUUCUCUCCUAUAUGAACUACCAGAAAAAACAUCAGCAAUUGAAGGGAGUAGAAAAUUGGAGCACACUGACGAACUUAAGUUUCUUGACAAGGCUGCUACUGUGUCAGAUCUUGAUUUGAAGACUGAAAGUUUCUCCAAUCCCUGGAGGCUCUGCACAGUCACUCAGGUGGAAGAACUGAAGAUACUUGUACGGAUGUUCCCCAUCUGGGCCACUACCAUUGUUUUUUCGGCAGUCUAUGCACAGAUUUCCACCAUGUUUGUGGAACAAGGGAUGGUUCUAGAUACAACGAUUGGCUCAUUCACCAUUCCCCCUGCAUCUCUAGCAACCUUUGAUGUGAUCAGUGUUAUCGUAUGGGUUCCAGUCUAUGAUAGGAUUCUUGUUCCAAUAGUAAGGAGGUUCACGGGCAAGGAGAGAGGUUUUUCAGAACUACAGAGGAUGGGCAUUGGAUUGUUCAUAUCGAUUUUAGCCAUGACAGCAGCAGCACUGGUGGAGAUAAAACGUUUGGACAUUGUGAGGGCUGAGCAUUUGGAGCACCAAGAAGUGGCAGUUCCAUUGAGCAUUUUCUGGCAGAUACCUCAAUACUUCUUGGUUGGAGCAGCAGAAGUAUUUACAUUCAUUGGGCAGCUUGAGUUUUUCUAUGAUCAGUCUCCUGAUGCCAUGCGAAGUCUCUGUAGUGCGCUUUCACUUCUCACAACCGCACUGGGGAACUACCUAAGCUCUCUGAUUCUGACAAUUGUGACAUAUAUAACAACUCGAGGAGGAAAGACUGGAUGGAUUCCUGACAACUUAAAUGAAGGGCAUCUUGAUUAUUUCUUCUGGCUUUUAGCUGGACUCAGUUUUCUGAACUUUCUGGUUUAUGCUUUCUGCGCAAUUAAAUAUAAAAGCAAGAAGGCUUCUUGAGUUCCAACUUGAAUGUUUGUUCCAAUGUAAUCUCAGAACAUUCUCUAGCCUGGUGUACAGUUGUUAUGUCAUUCAUGGUUCCAUCAAAUCCUUUAGUGUUGUAGUAGCAUAUUUCCUUUAUAUGCUUUGGUUGAGACAGUUGUACUUAUGUAAUUAACAUGUAAUAGAAAAUAAUAACUCUCUCACAAGAAAAAUAAUAAUUUGGUAUUUCUUCCA